UGUUAUGCGUUUCUUGCUAAUGUGCCUCGGCGUUAGGACCAGCCCUGGAGGCGUAACUCAAAAGUAUUAGCAAGUGCAGGAGGAGAAAACAGGCUCAGAGAAGGAGGAGGAGGCUGAGGAGCGCCGCUUCUCCUCAUCAGCGAAACCGGGCCACAAGUGUUCCGCCGUCUGACGCCGAGGGACGACUUCAUAAACAGGAUCUGUCCUGGUGAGAGGUGGCUUGCGUUUACUCCCAGUGGUCUGUACCUGUGCCUCUCCCAGGGAAAAGACAUGAGUCUGAGCACGAGCGAGCUGGAGGACCUGUGGGAGUCAUGGGGCGACCUCAACCUCUCCGAACCUUUUGGCAAUAUAUCGAGCGUGGAUGCGAUGGUAUGCACCUCGGCGUUCAACCGCAGCGCUCUGCUCUACUCCAUGUGCGUCCUCUACACUUUCAUCUUUAUCAUCGGCGUGGCUGCUAACGCAUUGGUGCUCUGGGUCAACAUCCGGGCACAAAGAGACUCCACCCCUCGCCAUGAGACACACAUGUACAUCGCUAACCUGGCAGUGGCGGACCUGUGCACCUGCGUCACUCUGCCCGUGUGGGUGAGCUCCUUGGCACAGCAUGGCCACUGGCCUUUCGGUGAAGUAGCGUGCAAGCUCACGCACCUGUUGUUUUCCGUCAACCUCUUCAGCAGCAUCUUCUUUCUGGCCUGCAUGAGCGUGGACCGCUAUCUGAGCCUGACGCAAUACGGAGACAGCGAGGGAGGCUGGCGCGGCAAGCUAAUUCGGCGUGGUGCAUGCGUAGGGGUGUGGCUUCUGGCUCUGAUGGCGUCCUUGCCGGACACCUACUUCCUGCACACUGUGAAGGCGUUGCAUGGGGACACCAUGCAGUGCAAGCCAGUGUACCCGGAGAACAACUCCAGGGAGUGGAUGGUGGGGGUACAGCUGAGCUUCAUCCUGCUGGGCUUCGUCCUCCCCUUCCCUGUUAUAGCCGUGUUCUAUGCCCUGCUGGCCAGGGCCUUCACCCGCUCCUCCACUUCAUCCACCACAGUUGAGCAGGAGCAUCGUAUCAGCCGCCGGGUGAUCCUCGCAUACAUUGUGGUGUUCCUGGCCUGCUGGGGGCCGUACCACGGCAUCCUCCUGGUUGACGCCCUGUCUCAGCUGGGCGUGGUUCCGCUAACCUGCAGCCUGGAGAACGUGAUCUUCGUGGCCUUACACAUCACCCAGUGCUUGUCUUUGCUCCACUGCUGCUUCAACCCCAUCCUCUACAACUUCAUUAACAGAAACUACCGCUAUGACUUGAUGAAGGCGUUCAUCUUUAAGUACUCCACCAGGACGGGGCUGGCGCGCCUCAUCGAGGCCUCCAACAUAUCUGAGACUGAGUAUUCUGCUGUAGCUGUUGACAAUCCACCUGAUCUGAAACUUACUAGACCAUAUGAGUAGUUCAAAGACACUAAAUCAGAACAUCCCAAAAGUAGAGUUCUCCGCUUAGCAGGUUUGACAUUAGAUGACCAUGAAAACUGAUGAAGAAUCCAGAAUCCUCUUUGUUAUAACAGUGAGCGUGCAGACAGGCCAUUAUUAACUUUGAUGGACUGAUGGGAAACCACAGAACAUCUAAAGGAACAAGCACAAAAAUUAUUUAUUUUCCAAGUUUCAAGUAAGCGCCAGAUAGUAUGAUAGUGUGUUCACUAGACAGUAUCUGAUGUCCCCUGAAUACUAAGUAGUGCACACUGCGCACUAGUUACUAUGUGGUACACAACAAAUACCGUCUCGUGUACACAAGUUAGUAUUUAUGAUACAGCAGGUCCUAUCUGCUGUGCAGUAGUUUGUGCACAGAAAAUUAUAUCUAGUGUGCACUAGUUUCCAUCUUGGAUACAACAGAUACCAUUUGGUGUGCACUAGUUAGUAUCUUGGGUACAACAGAUGCUGCUUAGUGUGCACUAGCACUUGAUAGUAUGUAGUGUCCAGCAGUUAUUUGGUGUGUACUGGUGCGUAUAUAUAUGCAGCAGACUGAAUCUAGUAUGUACUUACCAGUAUCUAGUGCACACUACAUGCUAUUUGGUGUGCACUACUUCCAGUAAUAUUUAAUGUGCACUGGAUAAUAUCUAGUACUGAUAUGGGAACUGAUAUGCACUGCGUAGUACACAGUAAAUACUACUAAAUAUUACUGUAACUAGUGUGCACUUCCUAAUAUAUCUUGUGCUUCUGAUAUGGUGUCUGGUGGAUAAACAUUUUUUUGACAUUAUUUUUGGGUCUCUAGUUAAAAAAGCACUUAAGACAUCAUUUUAUUGCAAUAAUUGAUACUUCAGUCAUAAAUCUUGUAACUGACAUGACAAAAUUGUGAUUGUAAAUGUGUAAAAUAAUUUUUCUGUGUGUGUGUAUGAUUGUGCUUGUGAAGAAUCGGCGUGGAGGAGGGCCAAAAUUCUGUCUCUUCUUUGUGUAGUGUUUGAUAUUUGAAUAUUAAUAGCAUCUACAGAGUAAUAUUAAUCUUUUUUUGUAUCAAAUAUUAUUUAUGUAUUCAUUUUAUUCUGUUUUGCUUCGUUUGCUUUGUAAUUCAAAGUCAUUACACACUGAUUUCUCCUCAGUGCUCCACUUCAUACAUCGCUGCCUCAUUGUUGUAGUUGAGCCAGUAAUCGGCUCAGUGAGCUUGUCCUGCUGUUCAUUUUUAAUCACAACCUCAGGUCGCAUCAGCUAUAUCUGUCAGGCAGAACAUUUUAAAUCAUUUUAAGGUGUUAUUUCUUGCCAAAUGUUUGUGUAAAUGUCAAGAUCCAAAUAGUACAGAAUGCGUAUUUGAAUACAUAAUGCCAAAUAAAUUACAUCAGAGCUUCGCAGACUGUUUGAAUCAAGUUCUAGCUUUGGGAAAGUACUACCCAAUCAGCAUAUAUAACCCAAUCAGCAUCUCAAGUAUCUGACAGAACACAAUCAUCUCGUUCUGUCUUUGGACAGGAUAUCUCAAAAAGUAGAGGAUGGAAUUUUAACAUCUUUUGCAUCAAGCUGAUACUUCCUUAUCAAUGCUUGCUUCAAAAUGCUUAUCAUUUCUUUAACAGUUUCCUUUUAUCCCUGUUUUUAUCAUUCAGGCUUUAUGAUGUCACAGAGAUCUGACCUCGCUUUGUUUUAUCAGUUUUUAGGUUGUUAGUUCAAACUACAUCCCUCUACUUUCUUAGAUAUCUUGUGUUGUACUUCUUAUUAUUGCAUUAUUUAUUCUGUUCAGCUUUGAAAAUCCUCUCAUCAUCUCACAAUAGUUAUUUCUGUCACAUCCAACUUUUUCUCUUGCACUCCCUUUACUGCCCAUGUCUUGGACCCAUACGUCAUUUCUAGUCAUUUAUUUAUAAUGAGUUGGGUUAUUUUCUUUCUUUUCUUUAUAAAAUUACAAUUAAAGUAAAUCAUAUCAAAACUCACAAACUGUUGUAAAAAAACCUUUGUAACUCGAAUAAUAACUUUAUUAGAUUUGAGUUUCAAAGUGAUUGAGAGCACCAGCAAGGAGUCUUUUUAUGUUUUUACCAGCUUACAGUAUAAUGCAGUUUGAGAUCCACUGAUUUACAUCAUUGUGUUUUUGUUUUGUUUUGUUUUACCUGUGUGUGUUUGCAGUUUGAUUUAUUAACAUGAUUAUUCCAAAAAUAACUGAUUGUCACAAAACUUGUUAGAACCAGUCUGGACUAAGAUGGAAUAGAAAGUUUGUGGGUAGACCGGCAAAAAAAACAAGACAAAAAACAAAGAGUUAAAGCCAUGACAGAGACUUUGCAAGAUGGGGUGUUUUGGGCUUUGGCAGAGCUAUUCACUUUGAGUGCCAAUCUGUAUCUUUUUGUUGUUUUUGUUUGGUCUAAAAUUUUCACACAGAUUGAAGUGAUCUUGAGUUGGGACUACUGAGGUAGACGAGCACAUGGCUGAGGCUCUUCUCAGAUGGACAUUAUAAUGUGAUAUGCUGUUAACAGAUAACAGAUAUGAUAUUUGCAUCACUGCAAAUUCUGCAGAGGGUGCACAUGAGCACGUAACACUCAUCCUGCUGCAGGAGCUCAGUAUUUAUGAUCAAAUACCACAAUAAGCAAUUAAUGUAGACAGCAAGUAUUUAAGUACCAAAUAACAAAGCAUCACUGCGUAAAUGUAAUGUUUGUAUGUGUGUGUGUGUGCGUGUGUCGCACCUUCAGCCAGCCCAAAGACUAUCUACAUAUAUGCCAUAAAUGUUGACGUAUACGCUUUCUCACUGUUUGCAGUAGGAAAACACGUUCUUUUCAUGUGCUGACAUGGAGCACGCUGUGUCAUGUGAUUGGAUACACAUGUACGUUUUUUACACUGAAAGGAUUUCAUGUUACGAUCAUGACUUGGGACACAAAUGUCUUUUAAAGAACAGAGGCAUUCCAUUGCUGUUGUAAUGUGUAACAUGUGUUUUCAUAUAUAUUAAAUGUACACAUGCCCCCC